CAGCACGAAGAGCUAGACAAUCGCAAGAGGGAGGAGAGCCCUGGUGUGCAGAGGUCCACACGGAUGAAGAAGAAGUCAGCUUCACCAGAAAGCGAUUCUAGCCCUUCUAGCCCCAUUCGUAAGGCGACUAGUGCUGGCACCAGCUCCACGCGGAUGCGGAGGAUUAGCAAUGAGGAGGUCAUGCGGAUCCCUGGCGUCCUCAAUGAGGCGGAUCCCAAGACAGUGAAAUGGACUGUUGGGGCGAUCGGACUUUAGAAGGGUGUUGAUGGAUACGGGUGUUCUUGGUUCUAAGGUUUCGCACUCCAUGUCUCACGGAUGCAUUCGUCACACAUACCUUUACCAUGAUCACGAUCGACACGAAAGGAGCAGAGUUAAGGCUUCCUCCUUGUCGUCAUCGUCGCAUUUUUAUAAUCUCCUUCCCUUCGAUCCUGCACUAUCACACGACAGGACUCGCAGGUCUACCCACGGUGGACCUUCCAAGUCUAUCGAAUAUCCUGCAUCAGCAUUUUGGAGUGUUGUUGAGGAGCAUAUGGCGGCUACAGUGAGGGUUAGAGACUUUCAGGGAAUUUGUGGCAUUGCUGUGUUCUUCAGCACUUGCUUCAGCUAUACUCAGUGGCAGUCCUAUUUUGUGGAGGAUUUGUCCAUUCAGGAGCAUUAUACCCUUUACCGCUACCUGAUGGUUUUGUUGUUGUCGCGACCACGGAGAUGGCGGCACUUAAUCCAAUCUAUUAUUCAUUGCAAUGCUUCGUUUGGACUGAUCGUUUCGUAUGGAUCUCUGAUUUCAUCAACCAUUCGCUUGAGCCUGCAUGAGCUGCAGCGCCUACCUGCAGGAGCGAUCUCAACUGGUCCAACAGUACGCCACCCAUUGGAAACAGAAUGGCGGUAGCAGAAUCUUCAGGGCCCCGUAAACUAGGGGCAGAUCGAGCAAGACCGGCCAAUAAAGCGAUGAAUCUAUCAUAGUCUAAAGGAGCCCAAAAUACGCCGGCAUGGAUGCUGACGCAACCC